AUGAAAGUUCCAGUCGCCCCCCACCACCAACACGUCCAUGCCGUGGACCAGGGCUUGAUCGAAGCCCUGAGCUACUUCUCCGAGGAGGCGACGGCUCCAGUCAUCGUGAAUGUCGGGACGCCGAGGAGGAACAAAGACUCGGUCGCCGAGAACGUCGACUUGAUGCUGCUGUCGCUGGACGUCCAAGAACUCUUGCGUUCCGACGAGAACGACCAGCAACAACAACAACAACGACGAAUUGUCAAUGCCUCUGGACAAGCAAUCGCAGGUGUGUGA